AUGGAGUAUUCGAAUGAAACCCUUGUCAGCAGAUUCUUUCUGCUCAGCCUUGCCGAUUCCCCAGACCUAAGGGCCUUAUGCGCCGUAACCUUGCUUAUACUGUACAUACUCAUACUGUCAGUAAACUCUCUACUUAUUGUACUGGUGAGACUCAAGUUGCAUCUCCAGACCCCAAUGUAUUUUUUCCUCAGCAACAUCUCCGCUGUUGAUAUUGGGGUUCCUUCUUCGACAUUGCCUAAACUCAUGCUCAUCACAUCCUCUCAGGAUAACAGCAUUUCCGCGUUUGGUUGUGCCGCACAGAUGUUCGUUCUUUCGGCUCUAAUAACGACAGAGUGCACCAUGCUAGCCAUAAUGGCCUAUGACAGAUACGUAGCCAUCUGUAAGCCUCUGCACUACCACACAAUAAUGAACAUGAGAGUCUGCGUUAGUAUAGCUAUUUACUGCUGGGCUGCAGGCAUUAUCAACUCCAGUAUCCAUGUACCAUACACCUUCCAACUGCCUUAUUGCAGGUCCCGCCAUAUUGACCAUUUUUUCUGUGAGAUACCCCCUAUAUUAGAAUUGUCUUGCAAAAAUACUUGGUUUCCCAGGGUAACAGUGUACAUUACAGCCUUCAUAGUUGGCCUCUGCUCCUUCAUCUUGACUAUAGUUUCAUAUGUUUUUAUAAUCUCCUCUAUUCUCAAGAUCCGUUCCACUCAAGGAAGACAUAAAGCUUUUUCUACAUGUGCCUCCCAUCUCAUAGUGGUCUCUCUGUACUACGGAACUCUCAUAUUCAUGUAUUUACUCCCUCGCUCCAAAUACUUUUCCGAGACAGACAAAAUUAUGUCCAUUACUUACACGGCUGUGUCUCCGCUGCUGAACCCCAUCAUCUAUAGUAUAAGGAAUACGGAUAUCAAACUCGCUAUAAGAGGAAACCAGUCUAAAAAAGAUGGCCGUGUAAUCUCACAAUCUGCAUCUGCAUGA